AUGUAUCACUUUAUUGACGAGGGACUCUAUCGAUUGGAUGUGAUGCCGGUCUCUCUAAGAGCCGAAUACUUUUACCCAUUCGCCCUAGAGCCACGAAAGGACCCUUUUCAGAAGUGUCCGAUUCUUGAGAUCCAUGGGGGACCACUCAAUGGGUACAGCCCCGACGACCCUUAUGAUGAAUUUGCAAAUUAUAUAGAGAGGCCGUAUGCAGGAGUUUCCGAGUCUGCUAUUUUAGCUUUCAUCUGUAUUCAUGCUACUAAAGAGCAGGCCGUGGACUCUGGCUUAUUUGGAAUACUUCUCGAUGCCCCAGUGCAGCUCGUUGAUUUUGACGAUAAUGAGCUGCUAGAACAGUUCUACGCCCUCUUUCAAAAGGGCUGCUGCAAUGACAAGCGACCGGAAGUAUCCAAGCAGUUCGACUCCAUCUUUGCCCCUGGAUUUCGUUCUCAUGUGGAAAGCUGGAGAGAAAAUGUCGACUGGCUUAUGAUGGCUAAUGCAUGGCGGCGUGCAAAUAAACGCUUCUGCAACUCCAUUCCAAUCGAGGGGGAUCCGGGUCUGAUCUGGGAUCCGCCUCUACUGGAAGAUCAAACCCAUAUCUACAUGAAUAGUAUCCAAGACGUCCAAGGACACACAUUCGACAAUCAUCAUCCUUGGGUGAUACAAGCAAAGAAGGAGUUGCCAAGAGUGACACCAAAAAUCCAGUUCCUUCUUUGUACAGACGACUGUGAUGUAAAUGGGAACGUCGGCAUGGUGCGCGAUAUACCGCUACCGUUGAAUCGUCGAAGCGACUGGUUUGACAACUUCCUGUAUGCGGAGCUUGCAGAACUUUCGUGA